AUGCACUCUGCCAUCACUCCAAGUAGGUAUCAGGCUUCUGAAUUGGUUGAAGCUGAAACAGGUCCUGAAGCAUGGUUCGCUAAGUAUUUGCCGGCAGAAAUGUUUCCACGCACUGCAAAUGUCUAUUCCAACGAGAGUCUCCUGGCAGUUGUAGUUAAACAGAUCCGUCAAUUUGCACAAGGUGUAUCACAAUUGAGUGACUUGAAAGUUGAUAGUCAUACCACCUACGAGCACAACACCAGCAUUGGCGAGUUCCAAGACUGUCUAGCUGAUGUACUGAGGGAAGAUUUACUUGUUAAGGUGAAACAAUCGGGGAUAUUCAGUUUGAUGUUUGAUGAAAGCAUGGAUGUUUCUGUGCAUCAAAAUUUGAUAAGCUAUAUUAGAGUGUUAGAAACCAAUGAUUUUGGGACAGUAGAGCCACAUACCUACUUUUUAGGCAUUAACCAAUUAAAUAGGGCAAAUUCUGAGAGUAUUUUUGGUAAGGUUUUGGAAAUGUUGGGCAAAAAGGGGAUUGACAUUUCAAAUUUGUGUGGAGUCAGUACUGAUGGGGCAGCUGUUAUGGUUGGGAAUAAAUCUGGGGUUGUCACAAGGUUAAAAAAUCAUGUUCCUGGGGUUCUAGCCACCCACUGCAUUGCCCAUCGCUUGGCUCUUAGUUGCAGUACUGGUGCAGACACCAUUCCCUAUUUGGUCAAGUUCCAGGAGAUUUUGAAUUCUAUUUACAAAUACUUCAAAUACUCCCCCAAAAACAUGUCAAGUCUUUCUGCUAUUCAGUCUAUCCUUCAAGGUCAAGCCAAAAGGUUUCAGGAAGUGUUUCAUACCCGUUGGUUAAGUUUUGAAGGGUCUGUAGAUGCCCUGGUCACAAAUUACCCAAGUCUCAUUUCUGUGUUCCUUGAAGAGAACUCUGGGAAGGCCUUGAGUCUCUACAAGCCUAUCACUACAUACAAGUUCUUGUAUGUUGCCCACUUCCUUUGUGAUGUCCUCAAGCCUCUGGCCAUCCUCUCCAAAAUGUACCAGAAAAAGGACUUGCAGUAUUCUGAGGUUUCACCCUUACUUACCUCUCCCAUUAGCAUGCUUGAGGAUCUUCGUGACUCUAAGUCUGGGGAAAGGUUACAAGGUUUUCUUAAGGUCGCCCCUGCAGAGCCAACCCUUGACUCUGAUGGUCUCUUUACCUUUGAGUUUGAAGGUCAUACAAUUAGGGACAGUGAAAAACAAAGAACAGAAUCUGUCAAUGUGUGUGAUCAGUUUGUUGACAGAAUGGUCAAAAGCUUAAAUGAUAGGUUUUCUGAUAAUGCUGAUGGGGCUAUUCUCACAUCAAUGAGCAACAUGUUCAAUCCCUUGCUCAAGGCCACAGGUCUUUCCAAUGAUUUAGAAACAAUCAGUGACUACUUAGGCUCUGUAGGUAUUGAGGGUUCCAAGUCUGAAUUAUCAGCUUUUGUUCAAUUCGCAAGGGCUACCCAUGACAGUGGGAACAGAUCUGUGACUGACACACACUCUUGUGCAAAUUUAGCAAUCAAAAACAAAUCAGUGUUCCCUGCUUCAGCUGAAGUAGCGGAGAGGUUUUUGGCACUACCUGUAUCCACAGCAGACUGUGAAAGAGGAUUUAGUAAGCAAAACUUAAUUAAAACUUCCCUGAGAAGUAAGAUUUGUGAAGACAAUCUGGAAAAUCUAAUGAUUUUAAGUGUAGAUGGACCAGAAAUCAGUAAAUUUGACUACAAAAGAGCAUUCAACUUGUGGGGAUCUAAGAAACAAAGAAGGAUUUUAAAGUGA